AAGCGCCUAAAGAUGCUGUCCGUCUGCAGACAGCUAGCCAGUUAGCCGAAAACAUGCCAAAUUAGAGAAAAAUCGGAUUAAAUAUUGGAUAUUUGGAGCGGGAGGGCAGCGAGAUCAUGGCUGGAAUCAUUAAAAAGCAAAUACUGAAGCACUUGUCCAGGUUUACGAAGAACCUCUCUCCAGAUAAGAUCAACCUGAGCACGCUGAAGGGUGAGGGUCAGCUUUCUAACCUGGAGCUAGAUGAGGAGGUUCUGCAGAACAUGCUUGAUCUGCCCACCUGGCUGGCCGUCACCCGUGUCUACUGCAACAAGGCCGCCAUCAGAAUCCAGUGGACAAAGUUGAAGACAAGCCCAAUUUGCUUGUUUCUGGAUAAGGUGGAGGUGGAGAUGAGGACUUGCGAAGAGCCCCGCCCCCCUAAUGGACCCUCCCCCAUCGCCAUCACUGCUGGUCAAAGUGAGUACGGUUUUGCGGAGAAGGUGGUAGAGGGCAUGUCUGUCAUCAUCAACUCCAUCACCAUUAAAGUCCAGGCUCGAGCGUUCCACGCCUCCUUUGAACUGUGGCAGCUGCAGGGCUACAGCCUCAACCCUAAAUGGCAGAAAACUGACCUCCGAUAUACACGCAUCACUCACCCCAAGAGGGGAGAGGUUCUGACCUUUAAGGAGAUUAACUGGCAGAGUCUUCGUAUUGAGGCGGAUGCAAUAGAGAGUGAGGAUCAGGACCUGGGCAGCACUCCGUUACGCCUCAUCACCAACCAGGGCCGCAUCCGCAUCGCCCUCAAACGCAGGGUGAAGGACUGUAAUGUUCUGGCCUCAAAGCUGCUUUUCAUCUUGGAUGACCUGCUAUGGGUUCUGACCGACUCUCAACUCAAAGCUGUGAUCCAUUACGCUAAAUCACUGAGCGAGGCCAUGGAGAAAUCCGCCCAGCAGAGGAAGAGCAUGGCGGCCGAAUCCCUGCAGACAGCUCCUCCUUCUCCUGGGCCACACUCCCUGUGGGCGGAGCCUCCUCCAGCUCCAGUGGGCACGCCCAGUACUCUAGCGCAGUACUUCGACCUCCAUGACGUGAAAGAAUCGUCCUACCACACCUUUAUCUCCCGCCUGGACCUGCACAUCUGCAACGACAGCUCAUCAGCAGAACCUGAUGACCCUCCUGUUCCAGGCUCUCAGGGUGCUAUGCAGCUGACCUUCCGGAAGCUGGGCUGUGAUUAUUACCCCUUCCACAGGCCGGGUGACGGUUGCAGGCACUGGGAAUGUUAUUGCGGAGCGAUGGACUCUCGGGCUCAGUGGGCGGCCAAAUUGCUGCAGGAGUUCCAGCAGAGAGUGGACAGCUCAGGCUUUCCUGGACCUCCUACUGACCAGCAGACACCCAGCACACAGUCACCGGCCCGCAAAACUCAGGGAGAUGGGGAGUCCAUUCCGAAGUCAAGUCCUGAUGGUGGUCCCGCGUCUCGGACUGCUCCUGGGGCAGCUCUAAAGAGACUCCGGUCCAGCUGCAUGGUGAUCCGGGUGGACGAUCUGGACAUUCACCAGGUGUCCACAGGGGGGCGCAACAGCAAGAGAACCCAGUCUCUUCUCUCCUGUAACCGCAAGUCGCUCCAGCUAGCGGAAAACACCCCUGCCAUCCACCUGCAGUUCACAGAGUACUACUUCCCCCACAGCCCUGGAAUGCCUGUUCCCUUCUCUAACCUGUAUGGUCAGCUAAACGGUCUGCAGCUCUGUGUGGACGCCCCCAGCCUCCUGUGGCUGGUGCUCUUUUCCCGAGGUCUGUUGCGAACCCUGGAUCAGGUUAAAGCCUUCUACCACCUGCAGGACAGCAGCAAGAGCGAGGAGCAUGUGGACAUCAGAGUGGACGUCACACAGCAGAAGCUGGUGGUUCCUCUGGACUCCUCCAUCCUGGAUCACCCGGAUCGUCCUCAGACUCUGUGCUUUACCCUCCCUCAAGCCGUGCUGAGCAACACCCGCCACUGCCCUCAUGGCUCAUGCUCUGACCUCCAGGGCAUCUUCUCUAGCUUCUCCAAACGACCUUUCUUCCAGACUUCACUGAGCCCGACUUUCCCUUGCGAUCGAAACACGUUCCACCCUCUUCCACCGGAGUUUCUUUGUCCUCCCCCUGAAAAAAGACCAACCCGAGCACAGGACAUCUGGUGUUUGAGCUUGUCCCGGGCAGCAUUGUUUUUUGAAGGUGCCAGACGAGGACCUAAGGGCAAAGCUCUGCCAUUUGUAGAGCCGUUUGCUUUGUCUAUGUGGAUGUGCCACCCAAACGCAUUAAAUCAGAGCUCAGGAAGUGAUCUUGAUGCCUCCAGAAGCCCUGACAAGCUGUCCCAGUCUGGAACAAACCAUGUCUUUCCAGGACAGGAUGUCCAGGAGGUACCUGGAGCUCCUUCAGCACCAGUCCACAUCCUGGCACAGUCCAUCACACCAGUUAAAGUGUGGUUGAACCACUACCAGUACGUAGCCCUGCUGAGGAUGAAGGACUUCCUUGCCCGGCUGGCUGGAGAUUUGACCCGAGACCCUCAGGAUUCCCAAAGUUUGGAAAAGAAGCGGACCCAUCCUCCUGCAGUUUGUGUUUCUGUCCUCUUGGAGGCACUAGAGCUCUGGCUGCUCCUGCCACCCGCUGUAGGAGAGCCAGAGGAAGUUGGUGGUUCUCCAGAGGAGACAGACACUCAGAGUCUUACGGACUCUGAACUGUCUCCAUCCCACCAACCUGGAGAGCCUGCACUGCUGCAGAACAGCGCCAUUAGAGAAAACGCUGCGGCCAACACCAGAGAAACACAUGACCAGGACGAUGAAGGUGAUGGGGAGGGUGAGGGGUCAGUGGAGGAAGCGUGUGAAGCUGUAGAAGAAGUAGAUGAUGAAGCCAGUCAGGAGGAACCUCAGCAUGCAACGCUAGUCACUUCCCCUCCGCUCUCUCCAGGUCUGACCCGAGACACUUCCACCUUCAGCCUAGAGGGGGAGCUGUCCAAUGCCCUCAACGCCACCAAGGAUGUCACUAAAGAUGCGCUAAAUGCCUCACUGGACCUCACCAAGGGGGCACUGUCCAUCACGAAAGACGCCUUCAGCAUCCUGAGCCGCGGGUCGGCUAUGACGAAGCUCUUCAGCACUCAGAUCAAGGAACAGGCCGCUCGGCCAGAUGACCCUGGUCUGCGUCUGCAGCCCCUCAAACACUCUCCUUCCCAGAAUUCCUGCGAUAGUGCCAUCCUGGACAGCAGUGCGGCUGAUGAUGGACUGUCUGUGGACAGCGACACGAGCGAAAACUUCAUCAUCCUGCUGGACUCUGAAUCUGGUUUGGAGUCUAUGCGGCCUAACGGUACUCCAGUCCACUCAGGUAGUCGGGUCAGUCCUGCUGCGGGGACAGAGGGGGGUUCAUCAGCGGAUCUGAGCAGCUCUCUGUCCCAGAGCACUGAGGAUCUUUCCCAGGAUUCAGUAUCUGUGCUGCUGCUGUCUCUGGGUGGGGUCACCUCUGUGAUGGAGCUCCGUGGGGAGGAUGUUGUCAUGGCGACUGAGGCCCAGUCCCUCACCCCUAAGCAACUGGGCAACCAAAGAGUGAUGGAGCUGCUGGCAGGACUGACGGUGGUACAGGGAGGUUCCUCGUCCCCGGCCAGCCCGGGGGCUCUCCCGGCGGUCUGUAUGAGGGUGGAGGCGGGACCUAGUGCGGGUCGUUACUGUGCAGCAGCAGAGGGGGCGGGGUUUUUGGAGGUUUGUGUGCAGGGCUGCCGGGCGGAGCUGCUGGCCUCCACUCUGAACACAAUCGGACCGUUCCUGGAGGAUGAGCUGACGGCCGACCCACAGCCAAUCAGGCUGAGGAUAUACAACACCAGCCUCACACUGAAGGAUGAUGGUCCGCGGGCAUACCCCACCGCUCCCCAGCCUGUUCCUGUGGCCUUCUAUCUGGAUGGCGUAGUUCUGGAGCGAUUGGACGACGGACGCCUCACGCUCAGACCCACUACCAGCCAAUCAAGGGACGGUGAUGCAGGAAGACAGGACAGAGCCUGCUGUGGGCCCGGAGGAGAGGGGAAGGCAGAGAAGAUCGAGUCUCUGCAGUCUCAGCUGUCUGAAACACGCUCCGCUCUGGCUGCAGCUCUAUCGGAGCGAGAGCGCCUCCUGCAGGAGAUCCACAAAUACAACCCUGCAUUCACACUCUAGGCUCCUGCACAGGGCAACACAGCCUCCACAGCACGGUGAAGAGAGGAAGAGGAGGAAGGAGGGAGCCUUCAACGUCCCAUCAUGGUGGACAGAUCACAGACAGCACGAGAAUCAACAUCACCGUCAGCAUCACAGCUACUUUACACUCUCUGACCGACAUUGUCAGUCAGUUUCUCCAUUUCCCUUUUUUCUUUGUCUUUUCUCUCUUUCAAUGUCUUCCAAUUAGUUUUUUCUGUCUUUUUCCUCUAUUUUAAUAAUUUUUCUUCCUUUCUU